UUCUGCGGCCAGAAGCAGCAUAUUCCUAAGUCAGUGGCCAAAAAAAUGUACACAAGGACUCCCUCGGGAUUGACAAGUGCUGUCCCUAAUAGAGAGGUGUCCAGUUUAGAGCGGUCAAAUUGAAUUGAAACGACCAAUUUGUGGCUAAAACUAGUGUCCUUAAUGGACAGGUUGUCCUUAAUAGAGAGGUGUUUGCUAAGGGAUGGUCCGCUGUAUAUAUGCAGAUGGCAAAAAACCGUUAUCUGCGGCUUAUGCUGCACUUAAAUAAUCAUUCAUUCUGAUGCCUGGGGAUUUCACGGUGGUUUUUUAACAGUCGAAAGCUCAUGCCGAGUACUUUACAGACAUAAGUGUAAUGUGUUCUAUACAGGAAUAUGAUGGUGUUGUCCCCAGUUGGCAAAUAUGGAAUUGAGGUCAACUCUCCAGAUCCAGCUGUUCCUGGGACCUCGUAAGCGGUGAAACUGCGGCACAAAGUCCUGAGCCAUAAUGAAGGCAAUCUGAAAUACACCUACUGUAUCAUUAUGUCGCCUACGAGCUAAUUUGAUCUGGACGAGAUUUUGUUGGUGGUAUGCGUAUACAUGUAUGUGCCAAUAUCGAGUUCAAUCGAAUUAGAGUUUUGUUGGUAUUGUUUGUACAAUCAGUAACAGGUGGCAUGGACGGAUAUCGUUUGAUAUAUUGAUGUGGCAGACCGUGCCUAUUGGCUGCCCCUAAAGGUCACCUCAGGCCUACAUGGCCUAGGCCUUAUAUGAAGGACUAUCGAACCAGCCAUUGUUAUUCAUCAUCAUGAUUCUCGGUGCCUUGACUUCGACUGUCAUUCAAUUGGUCUUCGGGACCCUCUACCCGGCCUACUCGUCAUACAAGGCGGUCAAGACGAAAAAUGUCAAAGAAUAUGUACGCUGGAUGAUGUAUUGGAUUGUUUUCGCCUUGUUCACAUUUAUAGAAACACUCACAGAUGCCUUCCUCUCGUGGAUUCCAUUUUAUUACGAAAUCAAAAUUGUGUUUGUGAUAUGGCUGCUAUCACCGGCUACCAGAGGGUCCAGUAUUCUGUACAGAAAGUUUGUCCAUCCACAGCUCAUGAAAAGAGAAAGGGAUAUAGAUGAUUGUAUAGCCACAGCAAAAGACAAGGGUUGUGCUGCCUUAAUGACGUUCGGUACUAGAGGUCUGAACUACGCAGCAAAUACAGUUGUACAAACUGCUCUUAAGGGCCAGUUUAUUUUCCUACAAUAUAUUAUGUCAAAACCUUGGCAGGGCCAAAGUGUCGUUGCGGACCACCUUAAGAAAAGUUACAGCAUGAACGAUUUAUCAGAACGUUCGUCAAAUGAAGAGGUAUUCGAUGAAACAGAUCUGUAUGUUGAAAGACAACCACGACAUCUUCACACAAGUAGCCACGAAAAUCUUUCUACUGUAGGGCGACGAAAACGGCAUACGAUUAGUGAAAAUUACUCAUCAGAGUUAUAUGAGCUGCACGAACGUGAUGAAGAGCAGCAGUACACACCCACUCCAGAAACAUCCGACAAAGUCCAAAGAAGAACCCAUGCUCAGAAAGAGGAGUUCCUCGGUCAACCUCCCCGCGGGCCCAUUGUGCAGACCUGGCGUGGCGAGGGGCGCUGGAUUAACCGCUUCCAAUACUGGAAAGACCGGGCAGAUCAGUGAUGGCCCGUACGCUCGCUCGUCAGUUCGAGCUGUGAUUAAAAAUUAUCAGGGGGUCACCACCCAUAGAACACGGUCAGGUGCCAGAAAGAAGCCAGACCUAGAAAAAUGAUGCUGCUUCUCUGGAAGAUGGAUCACUAUGGCAACGACCUGGAUAAUGACUUAUGAUGAAUUGGAUUUGGACUGAUGAUGAAUAGAUGGUUGGAUAAUCGCCAACCUUGAAGUGGACAUUGUUGUUGUUGUGAAGAUAGUGUUCAAGAAUUGUGAUAAAAUUAAUGAAUAUGCUGUUACUAGUGGUUGCUAUGCUCAAUGCUGUUACUAUGGUAACUUGAUGUUGCCAUGGUUUAACUCUCGUUCACAGUCUAAUGGUGCAUAACUAUGGGAACAGUUGAAUAAUAAAAAAAGAGUUGAAUUAGUAUCAACUAAAUUAACGUGUAGGUGGUCUUUCGAGAUAUAGUUUGGACAAAAUUUCCAGAAAGGUUAUACAAAUGCUUAUUAACAUUGAUGAUAUAUCAGUUCUAGCAUAUAUGAGUUGUUAAAACAAAGAGAGAUGGCAGAAUACACAGCUCACACAUGUAGUUAUAUUCUUUGGAGAGAAAAAUGCACUUUUAGUCCUUAGUAGCUAUAUCUUGUUGAGAUGGAGCAAAGACAAUGCCUUUAUCCCUUGGUCUUACAAAGACUAAUGAAUAGCUGUCAUCCAUACGAUCAUUAUUCUUCAGAAUCUCAGGAAUCACAGUUGAUAACUUUGUUAACAAUUCGGUAAGGUAUUUCCAUGUAUAAAAUGUCUUUUUGUUUGGUCAAGGGAUUCUCAAAAUAACAAUCGCUGACAACAUAAAGCUAAUGGCAUAAUGUAAACAUCAAUACUGCACUCUAAACACCCAAAUUUGUGUGUGCGAUUUUUUUCACUGAUUUUACGAAUAACCCAGAUUCCCCCUGCGAACAGCAAAUAUGAAUAGGCACAAAAAUCUGGCGGUUUACAGUAUUAGGUAGGCUCUUGUAACAAUGUAUGUUAUAAAGUGUGUGUGGUGUUGAUUGCUUUAAUAAGCCAUGUCUUCCAAGAGAAAAUGUGUCGGUCACUUACUGUUGUGCGACGGCAUUGCAGUCGAUCUUCUAACACUGAGCUUCAGUGGGCCAAAUCGACCAAAUUGAGAAAUAUUUGAAUCUUUUGGCGCUAAAGGGGUUAAGCAAGAACAUAAAUGCAAAUGUAUUGGGACUAGAAGUAUUCAUCACCUGAGUAUCAUUAUCAACUUGUGGAACUCAUUGUCAUUUUUGCCCACAUGGCUGGAUCACAUUUGUAAAUGCUUUGUAAAUAUUGUCUUGUUUUCCAGUGAAUAUCUACUGUACAGAUUUACAUAUCGCAGGGUAAAGGUCAACUUACUGCUGCAUAUACAUGGAUCCAGUAUAGUUUUAAAAUAUGUAUUAUCACAUAUGCACUCUUCUGCUCUUCUGUGACUCAAAAUGCAAAAUCUCAUAUUCAUCGUAAAGCAGUUUUUUGUUCACCCUCCCGAUGAAUUAUGCUAGGUUCUGAUUGUUUUUGUUUGAAAGAGUAUUGGCUGGGCACAGGGGCACUUGGGUACUCAUUGGAGAUUUCUUGGUAGAGUCUCAGAUUGAGUCAGCGAGUGUCUUUGCCGGUGAUGUUCUGACAUUUUAAAAACUCUGCAUGGAACUCUUUUAUGAAAUUUGCUUGUGGAUCUCUUUAUUCUUUUGUGCCAUGUCUAGAGCCUACUUAAAUUCCUAAGCCUGCGCUGAGGUGUAAACUGUGAUUUGCCUGAGGCCAGGAUGCUUAAACUUGUUACAAACUCAAAAUGUUGGGUAAAAUCUCUUGCUAUUUAUUUGUUUGAAAUUCGCAUGCUGAGCAUGUACCAGUUUUGGUGAAAUAUUUAAAUCGUCCAGCUAUCAGAUAACGGAUCUCAAAGAUUGAUUGAGGAUUGAUGAUACCUAAUUACUAAAAGUAUUGAGGAUACCUGCGAUACGUUUUUAUGCAAAAGAGAAAGUCACUUUGUCUUCGAUAUUGUAGAAUGUAAUGUACAAGUGGCCGAUUGACUUGUUCACAAGAGUCGGAAAAAAAGGUUUCUGCUUUAUGUAUUCAUUUUAUUGCAAAAUGUAUUUCACACUGGUACUAUUAUUUUGUGUUGUAUUUGCUUGUAAUGUUUUUUCGUGUUAAAUGUUUUAACUUGAUUGCAAAUUUCAUGGAGUUAUUUAGUAAAGUAUACAGAGAAUGCUGAAUUCAUUGGAUUGUUAAGAAUUGUAUACAUCUGUUCAAGGGGCCACCGCAGCUAUUUGUGGUGGUCACUCCCGACUUCAUUAGUCUUUGUGAGAUAAAAAGGAGGUUAAGAUCGGCCCUGAUUCCCGAGAUUUAGAACGAGGGUGAAUGUGGAGUUGGGUUUGGAAGGCAUGACACACGUCAACGGUUGAGUCUGAGAGGUUUCUGGAUCAAAGUCAGAAAGCACUUACUACUUGAAGAUUUGAAUCAUUUUCCGCCCAUAAUGAAUGGGGCUACUCCACUGAAACUGAUGUAAAGGUCAGGGACAAAAAGGGAAUCACCGAGGAGUCUGGGUUGCUCUUUACCCUCCCUGGACUUAGAGCCACCAUUGUAGUUGAGGUGGCUCCUUAUUGAUGUUACUUUGAAUCGAUGUAAAGUAGGCAAAAGUAGUGAGGAAACUGUUUCUCUUCCAUAGAAUUAUAGAGGAGCUAAUGCAUUUAUUUAAGCUUUGUCAGAUGUUCUCUGCACACCUUGGGAUAACUGCCAGUUUGUUUUCAUUGUGUGUUGUCAAGGAGGAAACCGGAAGCCCGUGUAACGUCAUUCGCAGGCCAAGAACCGUAUCCAGUAAUUGGUCAGUAGGACAUCUUUGACGACUAAUUUUUUUGAACAUGUAAAGUAAUUGUGGAAAUGACUUCUUUUUACUCUCCUAUGACAAGGUAACCAUAACAUCUGUGGUUUAGAAUCUCUUGACGCCCCAUAUAAAUGUCUCGUAUAUGCACUUCCGGUAUCUUCCUUGGUGUGUCGUAGAACUGAGUUUAGAUGACCCUAUAGCAGUUUGGUUGUAAGAUUAUUUGGAGGUGUAGGUGUAGAAGCAGUUUUUUACUUACGUGGACAAGGUUCUCCAAAACAUAGGUGCAGGUAGGAACAACUUGUAUUUGCAACAAUUCUCUUCUUUUAUUGCUUUGAUUUGAAUGCCUGAAGAGGCAUGUGAUUUACUUCAGUGUAAGAUGGUGGACGAUGUAUUGUAUACCAUAUACCAGUAACAUCUAAUUUGACUUUGGUUUGCAUACAUUUUGGUGGGUUUGUGUUGACAGUUUAUAUAUUAUGAAAUAACUUACUGAAACAUACAAAUACAAGUAUAGAGCUCAAUUAAAUUAUGAUAUUAUUAUAACAAAUGGUGCGGAGUCCUCAAUAAGACUAUCCUCCUGUUAGCACUGCUGCAUAGAAAAGAAUCACUUUUAAAUGUCACAUUAUAACUUUGUCUACUUUCAUUGACACAUGCCACAGUAAUGUUUUAAAUUCACAACGAGCUUGGAUGUUUUUUAAAAACUUCCAAGCUCGUUGUGAAUUUAAAACAAACUUGUUUCACACAAAUUUGCUGCUCACUUGUUACCCAGAUAGGUUCCGUCCAAAUUGACUUGAUUCUGUUAACUUUCAAUAUUGAAUGAUAAGAAAAAGAGCGAAAACCUCAUAAAUUUCCGCAACCAUUUGAAGAAGCUUGUUGCUACAGUGGUGCAGUCAGUCUAAGAGAGUUUUGCAUCAUCGCAAAGCCAGUCUUCCUUGUUUCGCAAACUCUUUGUAUCGUAGCUUGUCCACAAAAGCCGAGUAAUAUCAGCAAGCACAUUGGAUAUUUAUGCUGAAUUUUCAGAUGCGUUUUCGGCUUUUCUUAUAGUAACCUGCAAGGGUAUUCGUGCACUGUCACAAUAUGAGCGCUUUAUGUAGGCCCAACUUUGCCUCUUUUUAGAUGAGUGCCCCCAGUGGUGUUCUUUUGUUGGGAAACAAAGUUUCCAAUUUGUAGGGUCAGCCUUCACUUGACCUUUCCCACAUCACGUCAGCUGUGAGGUCGAAAUCAACUGAGGCUGACCCCCCUUACAUGUAGCUUGGUGACUUUUGCAAAUUGUCAUAUACUUAGGCAGGCGCUUCUCUUUGUAAGGUAUGAACCUCAACUUAUUAGACAUAUCUAAACUAACUUGGUCUUACAAUCAUCUUUUACAAUUGUCUUUUAUGACACAUUUAUAAGCCAAAUUUACAUUGUCACCAGAUUGGGUCAAUGUGGGGAGUUUGAAAGAUCCGCUGUGUCCCUUUUCUUGAUGUAUAUAAUUAUAUCGGUGCUCCAUGAUAUUUAUACAGUCCACAAAUAGAGGCAAAGGUCACAUGAUAGGUCAAAGUAACCCCUCAAUGAGAUGUCCACUUAAGUGUACAAGUCAUCCGCAUUGUAAUGCACAUCGGUGGACAAUUGAUUUGUGCACAUGGGUGGUCUACUGCGUUGACCUUUUGUUUCUAUUUUGGUGUAAGCUCAUAGAUCAGUGUGUAUGUGAUGAGUGUGUAAUGAUGUGUGGCCUCCAGUCGGAGUUUGUAAAUAUGUUCAAAUGUAAUAUUUUCACUAUGAUAUUUUGUAAAAAUCUGAAUUUGAUGCAAUAAAUCUAUGCAGCUUA